AUGAACGGCAGCCCCAUUCCUUCAGCGACAAGCAUGUCGCCGACACAAAACGGUUCCAACAUCAUGAGCGUGGAUGGAAAAAGAAUCCUCUGCACAGCCGAUGUACGAGGCAACAUCUCGCAUCUCAAUCAACUCGCACGCGACACCAACGCUGAUUUCAUUAUACAUACUGGUGACUUUGGCUUUUAUGAACGGUCGAGUCUCGAGCGCAUCAGUGACAGAACAUUAAAGCAUUUGGUGCAAUACAGCACAUUGAUCCCGCCCACAGUCCGCAAGAGGCUCAAUAGUUCCCCGAUCGAACAAGUGCGACCCACCAUUGAACAAUCACCACAGCCUUUCUUAUCCGAAUUUCCCGAUUUCUUGAGCCGUGCCAAACGCUUGGAAGUUCCAGUUUACACAGUCUGGGGAGCUUGCGAAGAUGUCGCUGUCUUGGAAAAAUUCAGAACGGGUGAAUAUCAAGUGCCAAACCUUUACAUCCUCGAUGAAGCUACCACGCAUUUACUCGACGUGGGAGGUGUCAGCUUGCGUCUCUUUGGUUUGGGUGGUGCUGUAGUCUCGCACAAGUUGUUUGAUAACGGCGAAGGAAUGGAUACAAUUGCUGGUGGUGCCGGAACCAUGUGGACAACCGCUUUGCAGAUCGGCCAGCUUGUUGAAACAGCUCAUCUUGUUUACAACCCAACCGAAGUGAGGAUUGUUGUGACGCAUGCAAGCCCUGGUCGCGAAGGAUUAUUGGCACAAUUAGCACUUAUGCUAAAGGCUGAUUUUACCAUUUCCGCUGGUUUGCAUUUCCGAUAUGGCAUUUCAUAUAACGAGUUCUCGUGCCAACAUGAUCAAGAACACUAUCGCGAACGUCUACUUCAAUCUCAGCGCAGCUUUAUGCACUUGUGGGAGGCUAUUCGAGAUCAAGUUGAGAAGCAUGUCGAUGAAAACCAAGCAGCUCUUCUUCAAAAUGCACUCGCCGUUGUCAAUCGUCUACCACCAUCGCGUGAAGCUACUAUGGCGAACCCAUCACAGGAGGAACAAGCAUUCAAAAACAUGUGGAAUUUCAACCUUCCUGAUGCAGCAUAUGGCUGGGUUGUAUUGGAUGUCAACCAAGGACGUGUCAGUGCGGAAACCAAAUCGCAAGGAUUCAACUUUUCAUAUCGCAAGAGCAACACACAAUCGAAUCCCACAUCAUCCCCCGCCAUGUCAGCGUCAGGUCUUCCUACAUCAUCUUCCAACAAUAGCAGCAACACUAUGGGAACACCUUAUCCUGAACGAUCCAAUCAAUUUCGUCAACCUGAUUGGCAGCAACAAGCUGCACCACCUAUGGAAGCAAAAGUUCCCAGCAACAGCGACAGCGAAUGGAAGGAUAAUGGAAGCUCAAAGGAUGAAAAGUUUACCAGCGGCAGCAACAGCGCUAGAAAUUCCAAGCGUAUGAGCAUGCAACGAAGCCCCUAUGCGAUCUAUGUUGGUGGAAUAACAAAUAACGCAGUGACAGAAGACGACAUUCGAGAAUUCUUUGGUGCAGAUGUGAUCACUGGUAUACGGUUCCCUCUAGACCCAGAGACUCGACAACCAAAAUCCCAUUGCUACGUUGAUCUGAUUGACCCGAUUGCUCUUGAUAAUGCGCUGACAAAGAAUGGACAGAUAUUGAAGGACAAUAAGCUUAUUAUAAACAGACCCAAUCUUCCUGAUGGCCGAAACCGUGGUGCUAGAAAUGGACGGGGACGUAGUUACCGUGGCGGACGAGCCAGUGAUGCUGGAUUGAUGCGUGGUUCUCGGGAAACAUCAACAAGUGCAGAUGCAUGA